AUGAAUAAAGAAGAAGUUAACAAACCUGUAGAUAAAAUAAAAGUUAUGUAUAUAAAUAAUAAUUAUCUUGAAAAAAACAUGCUUAUUAGAAAAAAUAAGCCAACUACCUCUUUAAAUGAUUUAGUUAAAAUGAUAGAAAAAAAUAAUACAGUGAUUGAGAAAUAUAAAAACAACACUGUUGUAUAUGAAGAUAAUGUUUAUGAUUUGAGAAAAAAGGAUAAUGAAAAGGAUAAUAAAGUUUUUAAAGAAUGA